UCAGCCAUGAGUACGAGUGCAUCCACUUCGAUUAGGUGUAAUGAUUUCGAAAAUACUGAUCAACUGAUCAAGUACUAUGAUGACUGGGCAAAAGAAUAUGAUAAGGAUACACAAACUGUACGUGGCUACAUCUGCCCUAAAGUUGGUGCAAAGAAGCUUGUAGAGUUCCUGGAGCAGCUCAAGUUUGGGACAGACUGUAGAAUACUUGAUGUUGGGUCUGGCACUGGAUUGGUAGGUGAAGAGCUCAAAAAGUUGAACUACACUAAUCUUGAUGCUCUGGAGCCAUCAGAGAAGAGCAAUGAUGUAGCCAGAGCCAAAGGCCUUUACAAGAAGUUUUUUGUUGAGUUAAUACUGCCCGGAAAACAACUAGGCAUUUUACCUAACUCUUAUGAUGCAGUCAUAAGCAUAGGAGUAUUCACAAAAGGGAAUGUGAAAGCAGAAGGAGCGAUGGAUGAAAUGGUACGAGUGGUCAAGCCUGGUGGACUGAUUUGCUUCUCAAUAAGAGAAGAUGUCAUUUUGGACAAGGAAUAUGGAUAUGAAGAGAAGAUGGCACAACUGAUAGAAGGGAAAGUAUGGACACUCUUGUCCAAGUCUCUUGAAAUGUAUCAUCUGACAGGUGACCUCUUCAAGUGUCAUAUGUUUGUUUAUCAAGUUUUAUGAAACUUUCUUUUAAAUUUAAUUCAUAAUGGAAUUCUGCACCUUUGUACUUAAAUUGAACUCUCAAACCAAUCCUAACUAUAAUUCAUACUGGUUAGAGCAGUGCUCUGGGGUCAUAAAUAGACUGUAACAUGGAUUGUGUGGGGGCUUCCAGAGCCAUCUUCUCAUUGCCUUCAGUCCAACAACCCCAAUAAGAGGGCUUUCAUUUAUUAGCACAUUUGUUUUCACACUAGGUAAUGAUGAGUUAAUUUUCUUUAGUGUGUACACACAGUAAUAGUGAUGGCAGUUCUUUCUAGUUUUUUUCCUUUUCUAAAUUUGUUUACUGUUAAAGUUAUGGUGUGAAAUAUAUUAUAUCAUUGAUUACAUAUAAAAUAGUACAGGUUAAUGUAGCUGGUUGGUCUGAUUCUUAACCUUAAAAGAGCACUUGUAGUCUCCCCUUCCCCUCCCCUCCCCUUCCCAAGUCUUUGUUCCUUAGCCUUUUGCCCUCCUCAACCAACUAAUAAAUCAUACAGAGUGACCAAGAAAACUAAGGAGACUGCCACAGUCUAACACUCAUGGGUGGAUUAAGGGUCAGGGAGUCGGUGUGGGCCAUGGUCCCUCCUUUUAGUCUGGUAUUCUCUUUCUUUUUAGUCUAAAAUAUCCCCAGCUCACAGGAAAUAGCAUUACUGGAAGCCACAUUUGAAAAAACUUUCUUGACAGCAUGUCCGUAGACCCAAUAGUCAACAGCAUUCUUCCAAUGCCAAUAUUUUCCAGUUCCCCUUUCUCAGAUUCCUGGAUCUGCCACUUGCACUAGCAGCAGCAACAGCAGCAGUAGUAGCAAUGAUAACAAUAAUAAUAAUAAUAAUAAUAAUAAUAAUUUCCCUUUUAUAAUUGAU